CACAUUCAUACAACCAUACACUGAAACACUCACACACUUCCACUCAACACGUUGCCUGGCCAGAAGUGUCUGUGCUCUUGGAUAAGACAGUGUCUACGUCCGUUGCCUGUGUGUGGUGUGAUGAUGCUUGCUCUGCUCUUUGAGAAAAUAGGGCUCUGAGCUGAACAAAAACAAAGGGGCGGGAGGCGGGAGGCGAGAGAGGAGCCUAUGUGCCUCAGAGCUGUAUCUGUAGCUAGCCGUCACAGCUCACCCUGCUAAUGGAGGAAUGGGGUGCAUGAAGACCGUGACUGCUGUAGACUCCCACAACCUCCUCAAGCCCUCUAGGAUCAUGUCGGGCGCCUACGAUGAGUCGGCCAGCCAGGAGGAUGGCACAGACAGCUUCUGGGAGGUGGGGAACUACAAGCAUGCUGUGAAGCGGAUUGAUGAUGGCCACCGGCUCUGCAAUGACCUGAUGAACUGUAUACAAGAGCGUGCCAAAAUCGAGAAGGCCUACAGCCAGCAGCUGACCGACUGGUCCAAGAGAUGGAGACAGCUGGUGGAUAAAGGACCCCAGUACGGCAGUGUGGAGAGGGCCUGGGUGGCAGUGAUGACAGAGGCUGAGAAGGUGAGUGAGCUGCAUCAGGAUGUGAAGAACAGCCUGGUCAACAAUGACUUUGAGAAGGUGAAGAACUGGCAGAAGGACUCCUACCACAAGCAGAUGAUGGGAGGCUUCAAGGAAACCAAAGAGGCAGAGGAGGGCUUCAAGAAGGCCCAGAAACCAUGGGCCAAGAAGCUCAAGGAGCUUGAGACUGCCAAGAAGACGUACCACCUGGCAUGUAAGGAGGAGAAGGUAGCAUCCAUCAGAGAGGCCAACAGCAAGGCAGAUGCCUCAGUCACGGCCGACCAGCAGAAGAAGCUCCUGGACAAGGUGGACAGGUGCAAGCAGGAUUCUCAGAAGGCUAAAGAGAAGUAUGAGAAGACUCUGGAUGAGCUGAGGAAGUGUACGCCUCAGUACAUGGAGAACAUGGAGACAGUGUUUGACAUGUGUCAGCAGUUUGAGGAUAAGAGACUGUGCUUCCUCAGGGAGGUGCUGUUGGACAUCAAACGACACCUCAACCUCACCGAGAACCAAAGCUACACCACAGUGUACAGAGACCUGGAGCGCACCAUCACCUCUGCCAGUGCACAGGAGGACCUGAAGUGGUUCAGCAACAACCACGGCCCUGGCAUGCAUAUGAACUGGCCCCAGUUUGAGGAGUACAACCCAGAGAUCACUCACAUGAUCAGCAAACGAGAGAAGUCAAAGAAAGGGGCAGACGGUAUCAUGCUGACCAACGUGACAGCGGCACCGGACUAUGUGGCUGCACCAGCUGGAGACAGGGGCAGUGUGAGCAGCUCUGAUAAGAACCAGGCCUAUUCCUCCCAGGACCAGUCGGCAGAGUGGUCAGACGAUGAGCAGGCCGCGCCAAACUCCGGCUCAGACACCAACGGGGGUGGGGCCAACCCCUUUGAGGAGGAGUCAGCGAAGGGUGUGCGGGUGAGGGCGCUGUACGACUAUGACGGGCAGGAACAGGACGAACUCACCUUUAAAGCAGGAGAUGAGCUGACUAAACUAGAAGAUGAGGAUGACCAGGGUUGGUGUAAAGGCCGGUUGGACAGUGGCCAGUUGGGCUUAUAUCCUGCUAAUUAUGUGGAGCCCAUCUAGCUGCUUGUGUACGUGGAGGACACUGCCCCAUUGGUUAGUCACCCAGACUGAACUGUCUGAUCAUACUGCACAUUACCAGAGACUUCCCCGUCCCUCCUCUCUACCUGAGCAACCAACACACAGACUGAGCAGUCUAUAUUUAAACACUCCCCUAGGAUUCACAUCAGACAAAGACAGUACCAGCACAACCAACACAUAUCAACCACAACACUGGGCUUGGGACCACAGUUAAACCAUGUCAGUAUAGGUGUACCAACAACAAACACCACAACUCCAGCAAGCGCAGGAAAAUAAUUCAGCAUUUUUGUGUUCUAUUCCAAUGUUGUGCGGUGGUUAUGAUGACAUUUACAUGGCAGUAUGGAAGUAUGUUCCCUCAUAACACUAGUGAUAUGGUAUAGUCCAUGGUGCCUGCAUAGCCAGAAUGACCUAUGCACUGUGCAUUGUAAAUAUGUGCUGACGGGUCUGUCAUUCCAUGUAAGGUUCUAAAAGUCCCCCUGUGAAACAGCAGCAUUGGCAUGUGCUACUAUAUCACGUUAAUGACAUUUAGCUGCAGGAUCAUUGACAAAUCACUGUCGAGCAGAGCAGAGCACAGCAGUACUACGCUGUUGAGCCUUUUUCAGUGUAAUGGUAUAGAACAGUGUUUCUCUACCCUUGUUGUACCAGAGACUGGCAAGCAAUGGUUCUCCUCCUUGGAUGACUGUUUAGUUGAAAAGCUUCUCUCAAGAUCAGACUAUAUUGGUGUCAGACAGAUGAGGGACCACUCAGUAACGUCUCAGGGGCCGGUGCCGGACCAUGGACCGGGGGUUGAAGAAACACUGGUAUAGGACAUAGACAUAUACAUUGAGUUAAUGUAGUUGUAGUACCUCUGACCAGACCAUGUUGAUCAUGUGCUUGUCAUUUCCUGACCCCACUGCUUUCUGGACUCAUCACUUUAUUGUGUUUUCUUUUGUCUUAAAGUGCAAGCUGUGUUCAUUGAGAAAUAAGAAAAAUAUGCCUUAUUGCUUUGAUUUCUUUUGUCUUUUUCUUUCUUUAGCAUGUAUUGGGUUUAGGUAGUGCAUUAUUCCGCCUAUGUGGGCCUCCACAAGGGUUCAGCACAAAUACAACAUCGACCCAACACAACCCUACUCCAUCAAUGGGUUAAACGGUUUGUCAUCAGAAAUGAACUGUCACCAACCAAAUGAAAGGAGACAAAGACAUUUGGGAAUAUGAGAGAAUCCUGGGAAUUCACUGUAUGGAUGACACAUUUACAGUAACAAACCAAUGAGAGCCCCACUGCCACAUGUGAGAUAAUAGAUUCUAUCCAUAGAUAUAGAAGACGUGUAUUUUUUUAUGAAUGAAAAUUAGUCACCCUAACUGUAUCCCAGCUCAGUCUCGGUCUCUCUCCACCUUGCUGUCCCUGAUCUAACGGUCAUUGCGUGCUGGAUCACCAUAAGCUGUUAAAUACUACUGAAAGUGAGCUUACUGUACACGUUGACCAAAUUGUUCAUUCUUCUUAGUUUAUGUUUUUAUCCUGUCAGUUCAAUCCUUAACAUAAUCUUAGAAACUGAUGCCAAUGAUUUGUGUCUCUUAACUGGCAAAAUCUAGACUAAUCAGUAUUCAAUUGUUUUUAACUUCUCCAAAUAAAUAAAUAGAUAACUUGAAUCUACACAACACACAAUCCUUAAUCCUUGUCUAUUGAACUAGUGAAUCAAAGAGAAUCGGCAACAGAGAUUAUACCUACAAAAUGUGUGACUGUUAUAAUAUAUACAGUAUAUAUGUGAAACAGCUGUAGUGUUAGUUUCCUUAGCAACCCUUUAAACACCAGGGAUGUACUCCUACUGACAUGGGAAGAGAAAGCUACAGUACAAAGGACACUGUAAAGAAAGACAGAAAGAGGAGCCUCUUCUGAAAUCUUGAUGAGGAAACUGUAUUUUCUGCUGCUAGAAGUUCAUUCUGGACAUCUGGGAUAUGGGUGUCGGGGGGACAUUUUGGGACUGCACAUCCGAUUGUGGGAUAAAACACUUUAACCAUCCGCUCUCAAAAUGAGUAUUGUAGCAGCGCAAGCUCUGAAACCCAAGCCUAGCUAAAUCAGUAACUGCUUCACCUGAGUCACACCACCCGUACCCACAACACACACACUAACAGGGAGAGAAAGAGAGCAUGCGUACACAGACACUGGCUCAGUGCAUCUGGAAAGACCCAGUUCAAUUACCACCAUGCAACGACGCAACUAGUGUACAUACUCUUUUAAACUAUUGUAGACUCUUUUAGCCAGUUCAACACACCAAUAAAGUAUAGAUAGUACACUAUUGUCCAUGUACCCAGCAAACACAAUGCAUAGUAUCUAAGUCAGCAUGGGAUUGUUUACAAUACUGUUGUAAACAUGUGUCAUCUAAUUUGUAUAUGAUGAUAAUGUAACGUACAGUAAUUUAUAUAACGACUACAGCGUUCACACAGAAACUCACGUGAAGCCGUGAAAGGAUGGUGAAUAUGUAAAGAUGUUUUAACCUUUUAUUUGACCUCGUUUUGCAUACAGUAUGUAGGGGAACAAAGUGGUCGGACAUGUUGUGGGAAAGCCCUAGUGGUCUAGAAGUUUGUCUGUUUAGAAUAAUAGUUUAGAAUAAUGGAUUCAAACUGUAGUGCCUGUUAACUGCAUACAACAAAAUAAAAAGCUUUGUCAGAACAUU